AUGGUAAAGAAAGUGUUAAUGGAGUUUCUUCUCUUCAAAGCCCAACCUUUCAACAAGACUCUUGUAACGGAAUUCAUACUUCUUGCCUUUUGUCAAUUACAGCAUCUGCAAAUUUUACUUUUUGCCUUUGUCCUCUUGGCAUUUAUAUGCUGUGUUUUGGGGAACAGUGCCAUACUUGUCUUAGUAAGAUAUGCACGUUCACUUCAUACACCAAUGUAUUUUUUCAUUAGCAAUUUUGCUCUUCUAGAAAUAAUAUUUGUAUCUGUCACCGUUCCUAAACUUCUAGCUAAUUUGAUUGAAUCUAGCAGGAAGAUCUCAUUUACAGGGUGCUUUGCCCAGUUGUACGCUUUUAAUUCUUUGGGUGUGGCAGAAUGUUACCUUCUAGCCGUUAUGGCCUUUGAUCGUGAUUUAGCCAUUAACAACCCUUUGCGUUAUCCCAGUAUAAUGAACAAAUCUCAUUAUAUUGAACUCGCAGUUGCCCCAUGGAUCAUUGGAUUUUUCAUAGCUGCCAUACCUACAACAUUUACAGUUGAACUGGAGUUUUGUGGACCCAAUGAAGUCAACCAUUUCUUUUGUGAUUUGUCUCCAAUUCAGAAUUUAGCAUGUUCCAAUCCUUUGUCCAGCAACUUGGCCACAAGUUUUUCGGCUUUAUUUGCCAGUGUGCUUCCAUUUAUGAUCAUCUUAGGAUUCUACAUCCAUAUCAUCGCCACCAUUUCAAAAAUUAAAGGCACUGUAGGCAAACAGAAGGCCUUCUCCACCUGUUCAUCUCACCUCAUUGUAGCCAGUUUGUUCUACUCCUCAGUCAUUAUUGUAUAUGUUAGGCCCAAAGGAAGUCAACAUGACAAAUUCCUUGCCCUCGUGUACACUGUUAUUAUUCCAUUGCUAAAUCCAUUUAUUUAUACCUUAAGAAACAAAGAUGUGAAAGCAGCUCUAAGAAAAUUAAAUCCCCUAAGAGUCCUUGGUCAGAUUAAGAUCAGCCACGUGCAGCAAGAUCAUUGUAGAAGUUCAUAG